AGGCUGUGCGUGCUGAUUACACCAACCAAGGGUUUGACAGAGGGCAUCUGUUUCCAAGUUCUUAUGGAUUGACUGAAAAAGAUAAGAAAUCUACUUUUACCCUUACCAACGUUGUUCCACAACAACCCACAUUCAAUCAGGGAAGCUGGAACCGAAUGGAGACCUGCGUCAAAUGUGUUCUGGAUGAAUACUGUGUCAACAGCAAUGGUCUUAAAGAAGGCUUUUUGGUAACUGGAGCACAGCCCGGCCUUAACAACAUUAACAACAGGGUUAAUAUUCCUUCCAGGCUCUGGUCAGCAUUCUGCUGCUACAGUCAGAGUGAGAAGGGUUGGUUGGCAAGUGCACACUGGGGUGAAAACAUCCCUGAAGCUAAAGAUAAAUAUCUGCAGACUAAGACCUUGGCAGAGCUCCAGGAUGAGCUGGGAAUACAAGGCUUUCCUAGAAGACCAUGUCCUCUCCACACAACUGUCACUCACUUGUACCCAAAACUUAACAAAGAGUGUGAGCUUGCAUGCCCAAAACUCAUUCCAACCACCACUACCUCUCCAACUUCCACAUCUGCCCCUCUGUCCACCACGUCUGCCCCUCUGUCUACUACAUCUGCCCCUCUGUCUUCCACAUCUGCACCUCUGUCCACCACAUCUGCCCCUCUGUCCACCACAUCUGCCCCUCUGUCUACCACGUCUGCCCCUAUGUCUACUACAUCUGCCCCUCUGUCUUCCACAUCUGCACCUCUGUCCACCACAUCUGCCCCUCUGUCCACCACAUCUGCCCCUCUGUCUACCACAUCUGCCCCUCUGUCCACCACAUCUGCCCCUCUGUCCACCACGUCUGCCCCUCUGUCUACUACAUCUGCCCCUCUGUCUUCCACAUCUGCACCUCUGUCCACCACAUCUGCCCCUGUGUCCACCACAUCUGCCCCUCUGUCUACCACAUCUGCCCCAUCUGUCUUCCACAUCUGCCCCUCUGUCCACCACAUCUGCCCCUCUGUCUACCACAUCUGCCCCUCUGUCCACCACAUCUGCCCCUCUGUCUACCACAUCUGCCCUUUUUUCUACCACAUCUCUCCCUCUUUCUACCACAUCUGGAAUGACAACAGCUGGCCCUGUUACUACGACAACCAACAACUACAGAAACACCAACGAGUAUUCUGA